AUGCCCCCUCCGCGGCGGCAGCACGAGGUGCCGUACUCUUCGGCGCCGCCCAACGCCAGGUCGCCCGGUUACAUGGCCUACCACCACCCCCAUCCGCACCCGCACGCACUUGGCCAUUCACACGGGCAUGCUCACGCUCACGCCCACGGGCCAGUGCCCAUGCCGCCGCCGUACGGACCCCAGAACUUCCAGAGCUGGUACCCGUACCAGCAGAUGCCUCCUCACCCUCCUCCAAUGCAGCCUUACCCCCAGUAUAAUACCCCGUUGAUUGUUUGCUCAUAUCCUCGGCCCCAACCCCCGAACCACGCGCCACCUCCACCACACAUGUCCCCAGCCCUCCGGACACAGUCCAGCACUCCCAUUACAUCUCACCCGUCGGCUUUCUCGCCCACGCCUCCUGUUUCCUUGUCUACGCCGGCAAUCACUGAGCCGCAGGAGGAUCAGUCUGCACAGCAUUCUCUAACCCGCUCUGGCAGUGAAGUGGGCAGCAAUGCCUCAACCAAUGCUUCAACCAACAACAGUGCACGCCCUACACCCCCUCCAAUCACCGCCAGAAGACCUGAGGCUCGGUCAGGCGUAAGACAGGUAUUCCAACCUCCAUUACCUUGGCUUUCCGUUCCGGAGGCUCCCUUUCCUUCCAAGCCUCCUCGACGUCGCCGUAAGAACCGUGUUACUCAACCUUCUUCCCUCGCCGUAGAAUUGCCUUCCAAGGACGAGAAUGAAACUGAAGACACCGAACCUCAGGGGAUUAAUGCCGAAGAUCAACCAGCUAAGCCAGCUUCCGUGGCUCAAUCCGAAGCAGAUACUCCGUCUCUUCCCUCAGCCACCGUCGCUCAACAAACUCCAGCACACGCCCGCCAUGCUAGCACUACAAGAGCCGGUGUUCAGGUAGUUCCCGUCGUUCCCUUAGUUUCCCAAAGCCCGUCAGCCUCCAAGCAAUCCAAAUCUUUAGCUCAGCCUACUCCUGAGAAAGCGGGUGCAACCGAGGCUGUAGCUCCAACAGUCAUUGAAAACGGACAUGGUCCAACUGAGGAAGAAUCACAGCCGCCAGCAUCCUCCGAGACUACCAGCAACACAACCCCAUCUCCAGCACCUCAACGAGCUGCCCCAAAAUCUUGGGCUGAUCUUGUUCGCUCAAAGGCCGCUGCAAAACAAUCAACUGCUGCUUCUCCUCAAGCUGGUGCCUUGGCGCUCACUCGGGGUGAAUCUUUGGCUGAAGCACUCAACAGCUUUGGUUCGAAUGUUGAUCAGUACAGCGAAAAAAUUGCUUUCUUAGAACCUCGUGGCCUUGUAAAUACGGGAAAUAUGUGCUAUAUGAAUUCUAUCCUACAAGUUUUAAUCUUUUGCGUUCCGUUUUAUGAAUUUCUUGAUCAGAUUGGCCGUCGUGCGGCCCAUAGCUUCAAAAGUGACAGCCCUUUAGUGGAUGCUAUGAUUAUGUUUCUACGGGAAUUCAGGGUUAUUGAUGCGGCAUCUUCGGUGGAAAAAUUAAGGCUUCGGUUGAAACAAAACGAAUUGGAGGAGUACGGUGAAUCUUUUAUUCCAGAAUAUGUUUAUCAAGUUAUUCGACAUCUCCCGCGUUUUAGGGACAUGAGACGCGGUCAUCAGCAAGAUGCCCAGGAAUUCCUUGGCUUUCUUCUCGAAGAGCUCCACGACGAAUGCCUCCUGGCCACUAAGAAUGCCAUGGCAGACAAAUCUGACGUUUCUACUUCUUCUGAUGUGGAUGCUCAUUCCAUUGCAGAUGACUCUACUGGUGACGGGUGGUUGGAGGUUGGCCACAAACAGAAAGCAUCGGUCACCAGGUCGUCCGGUGAUAGCUCUGGGGAGUCGCCCAUUACACGUAUUUUCAGCGGUAAAAUCCGAUCAGAGUUCAGGGUACCUGGAAACAAAAACUCGGUAACUCUUGAACCUUAUCAGUCUCUUCAGCUUGACAUUGGCUCCCCUCAGGUGAACAACAUCAUCGACGCACUCAAGGGCCUUACCAAGCCCGAAACCAUGCACGGAGAUUUCCAAUCAUCCCGCGGGCCCAAAGUCAAUGCCACCAAACAAGUUUUCAUUGAAAAUCUACCCCCUGUCCUUAUCCUUCACCUCAAGCGUUUCCAGUAUGAUAACGUCACCAAUGGCACGCAAAAGAUCUGGAAGAAGAUUGGCUACCCACUUGAACUGGAGAUACCCAAGGAGGUCUUUCCCCCACACCGCCGUAAUGCCCUUUCCGCUCAGAACGGCAGCCUCCCUAAAUAUCGCCUCAUUGGAGUUAUCUAUCAUCAUGGCAAGAGCGCAAGUGGAGGACAUUACACAGUUGAAGUCCGCCGACAGGAUGGACGUGAAUGGGUCCGUUUUGACGACACCUACAUCCGUCGUGUACGAAGUGAAGAAGUAGCCUUUGGUGGUAGCGAAGAGGAUCCAAAUCUGCUCUCCGCCGCCCUUGAGCGCCACAAUAAUUCUAGUGACCAAACUUCCAGCAACAACAUUUAUGACCAAUUUGAUGCUGACGAGCAAGACCACCCAGAUAACGGGAGAGGUUGGAGCCAAGUCAAUGGCUCUAGCUCGGGCAGCCACUCUAGGCAAAAAUCUAUGGCCGCCGCGGCCGCGGCUGCUGCUGCUGCUAGCGGCAAUGCCUCGCCUAAAGCCGACUCCGGAAAAGGCACCCCCACAGCUUCCAGCAGCGCCCGUUUCGGCGCUUCUCGAGAUAACAAAGUUGCAUAUCUCCUGUUUUACCAGCGUAUUCACAGCGCUUAA